GAUUCCUCAUAGGUGCGGAUGCAAAGAUGGCGGAAGAAGAGAGCCAGUUUGAAGAAUUUGAGCAAAUAGACUUUUUAAGAGAUAGACAUGUACGAUUCUUCCAAAGAACACUUCAGGUGUUGCCAGAGAGAUACGCCUCGCUGGAAACUACCAGGUUAACAAUCUUAUUUUUUGCCCUGUCUGGUCUGGAUGUUCUCGACGCCCUGGAUGUGAUUAAAAGGAACACCAUGAUUGAGUGGAUCUACUCAUUACAGGUUCUACCCACUGAGGACCAAGCUAACCUUAGUCAUUGUGGGUUUCGAGGAUCGUCCCAUAUUGGAAUUCCUUACAGCACUAAGGGUCCAGGUGUUCUACAUCCCUAUGACAGUGGCCAUGUAGCAAUGACCUACACUGGACUGUGCUCGCUGCUAAUACUGGGAGACGACCUGAGCCGGGUUAACAAACAGGCCUGUCUGGCUGGUCUCAGAGCGCUGCAGCUGGAGGACGGCAGUUUCUACGCUGUUCCAGAAGGAAGUGAAAAUGAUAUACGGUUCAUCUACUGUGCAGCCAGUAUCUGUUACAUGCUGGAUGACUGGUCAGGCAUGGACAUGCAGAAGGCCAUUGAGUACAUCACAGGGAGUUUGUCAUACGAUAAUGGGUUUGGCCAAGGAGCUGGGCGAGAGUCACAUGGUGGCUGGACGUACUGCGCCAUAGCCUCUCUGUGUCUGAUGGGGCGGCUGGAGGAGGCGCUGAGUCAGCGGGAGCUGGACAGGAUCCGCCGCUGGUGUAUCAUGAGGCAGCAGAGCGGCUUCCACGGGCGCCCGAACAAACCUGUAGACACAUGCUACUCCUUCUGGGUGGGAGCUACGCUAGAGCUCUUAGAUGUGUUCCAGUAUACAAAUUUUGACAAGAACAGGAGCUUCAUCCUGUCCACACAGGAUCGGUUGGUGGGAGGAUUUGCCAAGUGGCCAGACAGCCACCCAGAUCCUCUCCAUGCCUACUUAGGGCUGUGUGGUUUGUCUCUGAUUGGAGAGCCCAGUUUGAGGAAGGUCCACCCCGCUCUUAACAUCACCCAGAGAGCCUUUCAGCACGUGCAGCAGCUGCAGCAGACAUGGAGGGAGAGCUCUGGCAGCUGUGGCAGACAGCACUGACAGCAGGAUGCUCCACAGCACUGUCUCUGAACAGGUUCAGUAAUCAGGAACAUCUCACCAUAGUCAGUCAAAGGCAACUGGACUUUUGCUGUGUGUCUGGAAGACGUUUGGAAACUCAUCUGUGAGACCACCUCGUGUCAGGAAUUAGAAUCAGAGCGCAGACACACAGUAGUUACUUUGGGGAGAUCAUUUUAGUCCAUCUAAAAUGACUUUUUCUGUGAAGGAAUAUACGCCAGACUUUUUGCUGCCUUUUUAUUAUUAGAUCGUAAUAAAUAUCAAUUAGCUUUUUGUUUAGUGGGAAUAAAAUGAUGUGCCAGAAGAUACAUUUUGAGUCACUGGAGACUCAAAGAAAUUCCAGACGCCUCCAUUUUGCUAACUUUUUAGAUACUGCAGCUUUUGAAGCCUUCUGCUCUUCAUCAUAGUCAACUCUGUAAGCUGCAUUAAACCUUCCUACUGAAGGAGGAACUGAAGCACUAUCACAUAGACGUUAUGUGUGUCUUUUAGAAUGGUUUUGGAGUAACUGGGGUUGUCAGUACCUGAACGCUUCUGAGUUGGCUGUUGUAAUUAAUGUGAAUUGCCUAAAUAAGUACUUGCUUUUGUUGAAUAAUGCCCCUGUUUUUAAAGAAAAUACCACAACUUAGUUCCUUUUUUUUUUUUUGUUUGUUAGCCGGUAUGGGCACAGUGGUCAUUUUCUUUUUGGGUGUGGGGGGUUGGGGGAAACUGACUAAAUCCUUAAACAAAGAACAAACACCCAAAGGCGCUCCCUUUACAGAAUUCUUUGCCUCUCUGCCCCUCUAACAUCUCCAUCCUCAUGUUGCUUUUGGAUCACUUCAAAGUCUCCUCUCCCAUAGGAGAUACCAGCUUGGUAGGUAAACUCUCACUUCAGCUCCAGGUUCACAACUUCAGGCUGUUUUCUGUAAUCACCAGAGAUUUAAAGAUAAUAGAGCUACUGGGGUUACUUUUAUAGAAGAGCCAGCUAAGAGCCAGUGACCACGCCCAGGGGCAACUCUUUGAUAGAAGAAAAAAAUCGAAUAAAAAUAGUUUAGUUCCAGGCCUUAUCACUGCAGAUCACAGAACAUAUAAUGUAUUGUUCACUUGUGUCCAGAGGAUAACCGAAAAUGAGGCCAUGAAAUAUAUAAAUAUAACCCCCUCUUGCUGCAAGUCAGUACCCCACUGACUCCUGAACCCUGAACUGAUCAGAGUUACCUUCCAUCACCAGCUUCCAGUCUUGCUGCAAGGCACCAGCCAGCCUGAAAUCAAUAGAAAAAGAAGAGACAGUUGCAUGAUAACUGGGGAAAUGUAUUCUUUUGAACAGUGCUGGGAAUUGAUUUGUUAUUUUCAGAAAAGAAAGGAUGCCGGGCAAAAACAAAGAACCAGGCACAUGAGCACAAUGUGCCACCGAGUCAGUUCUAAAAAACUGUUAUCAAAUCAUCACAUCCCUUUGGGUACUAAAACGCCACAGCAGCUCAAAUGAAUGACCUUCCAGCCUUCUUGCUGACUCACAAAUUGGAAAUUAUUGUUUUAAAUCCUGAAUAUCAUCUCAAAAUAGUGACAUAGGGGCACUGAAUUGAACUGUUCCUCUUGCCUUCUUAUCACAUUGAGGCUCUGAUUCCCUUUUAAGGGACAUUUUUCCAGUUUCACAGGUUCUGCCAGCCCCCUGCUGAAGCCCCACCCUCUAAUUAUAAGUCUGCUGUCAAAGCAAACACCUGCUCCCUGAGAUGAUGGGUGACUAAACAAUAUCCCAGCAGGUCAGAAAUGCAGCAGCCUGUCUGCACCUGCAGGAGUGCUGUGUGUAGACACUGGAUUUAAAAAUACGAUAUUGCCUCUGUGGUUUUCCUUACACCAUCUAAAAUCAAGCUGUUCUUGGACUGUUCUCCUUUCCCACCCUAGUUGCCCCCCUUUCUUAGACUUGCAUAGUAGAGCAGGCAGACAGAGGAAAGAGAAAUGGAAGGAGAGGUGAAUAAAUAAAUCAUUUGAUCCAUCUAUUAUUGAAAGUAAACUGUUGGUGGCUAGAAUCUCCUUCCCAUAUCCCAGCCUAACCCCCAGUGUUAUGUAGCCUCAUUUUGGUUUUGUUGUUGCAUCUUUUAUUGCUUGUAAAGGAUUUGCCUAAAGAAAGGCUUUGCCACAGUGAGUCUCUUGCUAAAUUCUGUAAUCCAUUUUGUUUGUUACCAUAAAAAAGUAUUUGUAUCUAUUUCAUCUUUGAGAAAGUUCAGCUAUGACUUUCAUUGCUGCUGCUAAAUGUAGCCUCAGACACACAUAAAUACAAGAAUAAUAAGAUGAGCUUCAUCCUAUAAUAUUCUUGUAUCAGUCUUUUUUUGUGACUUAGUGAUGAAGUGUGCUACAUCUGUGUGUUCUUUGGACAAAGUGCACUGAUAGAGAACAACCAUGUCUCCCAUGCAUCUUUUCAAGUGACUUUCACCAUGUGUACCACCUCCUCUGGCUGGAUUCUGUCCUUUGUGUACAUGAUGUAGGCCAAGGCAAAGAACAAACUGCAAAACUCUUAAAAUGUGCCUCUCACAGCGUUGUCCUCAGUCACUGCUCAAUCAAUGCUCUCUUCUUGCUUUUUUUUCUUGUACAACAUGCUUAGAUUGAGCUUAGCUUUGCUGUUGUUGUUGUUAAAAAAUAAAUGCACUAAUUGCAGUGUUCCUAAGUCUUAAUAAACAAUCAGGAACUGGAACACUUACCCUGUAAAUGUCCUCCCAUCUUUGAAGUCGAAUGAUCUAAUCGGACAUUAGCUGCCUGGUCGAUUUACCAGAAGUUGACUUUGUCCCCUCAUGUCUGAUCAAUAGAGUAUUUCCAGACAGAGGGAAGAGAUCAUUGACCCCCAACCCAUAACUACUUACUGCUUUUAAAAAAGGAGGAAAGAUUGAAUGGAUUUUCCCCUUAUGGUACCUCAGCAGUUAUUGCAUUGCGUCUCCUUUUUGCUACAUCAUGCUGCAGUGGAUGCUCUGUGUCCCACAGCAUGUGAAGAGGGGGCAUAGGCUUCGCUCUUUUCAGACAGCUACUGCCUUAAGAUCGUCUAGAGAUGUGAGAGACUGCAGCCAAACGCCACACAUUACCUGUAAACCCCUUGCGCUAUCAUCACCUAAUAUACAUAAUGUAAUAAAAAAUAAUGUAACAAAUGCAAUGGAAUUUAUUUUUUCUAUGCUUUGUAGAGAUAUCGAGUGUAGAUAAAUAUGUAAAUGUAUAUUAAUAUAUCUAUUGCUCAAGAGGAUAAAAUGUUUACAGCUACAUCAGUGAGGCAAUUAAAGGAAUUGGAUAUGCAAAUGUUGGUAUGUGAUGUAUAAAGUACUUUGAAUUUGAGGCGAUGUUCAUUCGAGCUUGGCGUGCAUACUGUAUUUACGGUGAAUAAAAACACAUACUAACUUUUACAA